AUGUCCGAGUACGCCAUGUACCACGCCCUCGGCUACGGCGAGCCACUCGACCCGAACGACCCCUCGCGCACCACCCAGCCCGCUCCUCCCCAAUUUCAGCCGCCGAUUGCACCGAACCCAUACCAGCAGCAGCAGCAGCAGCAGGCCCCCCGAGCCCCCGCCGACACACUCGCGGCCCAGAUGGGCGCCAUGAGCCUGGGAGACGGCCAACACCAUGCCCCGACAACAGCGAAGAAGAAGAAGCGGGACCGCCAUGCCUACCACACGGUCGAGGCGCCAGCCGGCUCGUCGCAGCCCUUCAACGGCAUCCCCCCGGCCGGCACGCCAGCUACGGCCUACCUCAACAACGACCCCAGCGUCGCCCACAGCCAGUUUCCUGCGCCUGUGAACCCACCGUUUACCCCAACGCCCGCGUCGCCCCUCGAGUUCGCUGCUAGACAAGGUCACGAGGGCGUCCCAGCCGCCGUCUCAACUCAGAGCGGUCCGGGGAGCGGCGCCGGGAGACCGUCGCCCGACGAGAUGCCCAGCGUCCCCGUAUCGCGCGACUCAGUACAGCCACACUACUAUAACAACGUAUAUCCGACCUUCCAGCGCUUGGUUCCUCCCCCUGCGACCGUCUCAUACGUCGCUUUCGAUCAGGGCAAUGCCUCGCCCAAGUUCGCGCGCUUGACGCUGAACAGCAUCCCCGCCACGGCCGAUGGCUUGAAGAUGACAGCACUGCCUCUCGGUCUCAUCCUGCAGCCUCUGGCUCCAUUGCAGGCCGGCGAGCUUGAGAUUCCAGUCUUGGACUUUGGUGAUGCAGGCCCCCCGCGCUGCCACCGCUGCCGUGCCUACAUCAAUCCCUUUAUGGUGUUCCGUCAAGGCGGCAACAAGUUCGUGUGCAACCUGUGCGGCUACCCGAACGAUACCCCUCCCGAGUACUUCUGCGCUACCUCUCCUCAAGGGAUCCGCAUCGACCGCGACCAGCGUCCCGAGCUGACGCGCGGCACCGUCGAGUUCCUCGUGCCCAAGGAGUACUGGACGCGUGAGCCCGUGCCGCUGCGGUACCUCUUCGUUAUCGAUGUGACCCAGGACUCGUACAACAAGGGCUUUUUGGAGGCAUUCUGCGACGGUAUCUUGAGGGCAUUGUACGCGCCUGAUCCGGCGGACGAGCAGCCUGCGGACGAGAAUGGCGAGCUGCCGCGCAGGAUACCCCCCGGCGCCAAGGUCGGCUUUAUCACGUACGACAAGGAGGUACACUUCUACAAUGUCAGCCCGGCCCUCGAGCAGGCCCAGAUGAUUGUCAUGCCUGAUAUCGAGGACCCCUUCGUGCCGUUGGGCGAUGGACUUUUCGUUGAUCCCUACGAGAGCAAGGCCGUCAUCACCUCUCUGUUGACCCGCCUGCCUCAGAUGUUUUCGACCAUCAAGAACCCCGAGCCAGCUCUGCUGGCAACGCUGACUGCCGCUGUGGCUGCCCUGGAGAAGACAGGAGGCAAGAUCUUUUGCUCACUGUCCGCACUGCCGACCUGGGGCCCCGGCCGUCUCUUCAUGCGCGACGACGGCAAGCACCCCGGCGGCGAGCCCGACAAGAAGCUCUUCAGCACCGAGCACCCCGCCUGGCGCAAGAUGGCCGACAAGAUGGUCUCGAUUGGCGCCGGCGUCGACUUCUUCAUGGCCUCUCCCUCCGGCGGCUACCUCGACAUCGCGACCGUCGGCUACGUCGCCGCUACCACCGGCGGGGAAACCUUCUACUACCCCAACUUCAUCGCCGCCCGCGACACGGCCAAGCUCGCCCUCGAGAUCAAGCACGCCGUCACCCGCGAAACAGGCUAUCAGGCCCUCAUGAAGGUCCGCUGCUCCAACGGCCUGCAGGUGUCCGCCUACCACGGCAACUUCGUCCAGCACACCUUCGGCGCAGACCUCGAGAUCGGCGUGAUCGACGCCGACAAGGCCUUGGGUGUCACCUUCGCCUACGACGGCAAGCUCGACCCCAAGCUCGACGCGCACUUCCAGGCUGCUCUGCUGUAUACCUCCUCCUCCGGCCAACGCCGCGUGCGCUGCAUCAACGUGGUCGCCUCCGUCGCCGAGAACGCCCGCGACUGCAUCAAAUUCGUCGACCAAGACGCCGUGGUGACCCUCAUCGCCAAGGAAGCCUCCACCCGCCUCGCCACAACGAGCGCGACUCUCAAAGACAUCCGCGCCUCCAUCCAGGAGCGCACUAUCGACGUCCUCGCCAACUACCGCAAGCACUUCCUCACCGUGCCGCACCCCCCCGGCCAGCUGGUCAUGCCCGAGCGACUCAAAGAAUUUGCCAUGUACAUGCUCGCCAUGCUCAAAUGCCGCGCCUUCAAGGGCGGCGCCGAGCCCACCGAUCGCCGCGUCCACGAUAUGCGGCUAAUCCGCUCGGUUGGUGCCCGUGAGCUGUCGUACUACCUCUACCCGCGCAUCAUCCCGAUCCAUAACCUUGCCCCCGAGGACGGGUUUCCGGAUGAGCAGAGUGGAGGAAACCUCCGCAUGCCAGCCUCGCUGCGCGCAAGCUUCGCGCGGGUCGAGCCCGGCGGCGUGUACAUCGUUGAUAAUGGGCAGAUCUGCAUCCUCUGGUUCCAUGCGCAAACAUCCCCCAACCUGCUCAUGGACCUGUUUGGAGAGGACAAGACCAGCUUGCAGAGCCUCGAUCCGUACGUCAGCGAGCUACCGGUGCUGCAGACGCAUCUGAACGCGCAGGUGCGGAAUAUACUCGAAUUUUUGAGGACCAUGCGCGGGAGCAAGGGGCUGGUGGUGCAGAUUGCUAGGCAGGGGAUUGAUGGGGCGGAGUUUGAGUUUGCGAGGAUGUUGGUCGAGGAUAGGAAUAAUGAGGCGAGUGGGUAUGUGGAUUGGUUGGUGAAUAUACAUCGGGGGGUGCAGUUGGAGCUUGCCGGCCAGCGGAAACGUGAAGACGGAGGCAGCCACGACUCGAGCGGUCUGGCUGGUUUCUCCGGGUUGAGGCCAAUGUAUUGGUAA